AUGGUCUCAAUACUAACCAUACAAAUACAAUUAAGGCAUAACUUGAUCGGCAAACGGGACACAUGGCUGCAGAGGUAUGACUUCAUAGUGAUCGGCUCCGGGUCUGCCGGGGCUGUAGUCGCCCACAGACUCAGCGAAAACCCCACCACAACUGUCCUAUUACUGGAAGCCGGGGGUCCGCAGACCACAGCCACAGACAUACCGCACACAUGGCCUCAAUCGCUGGGCGGGGAUAUGGACUGGAAUUAUCGGACAGUUUCGCAGCCGACGGUCUGCGGGCCGGCCGGCGAUGGUAUACUACCGAUGCAUACGGGACGGGCAGUGGGCGGCACCACAACCAUCAACAGUAUGACUUACAACAGGGGUAAUCGGCGCGGGUAUGACCAGUGGGCGGACGAGUACGGGGCCCGGGGCUGGGCUUACGGCGAUGUUUUGCCCCAUUUUAUUGCGUACGAGAAUAAUAGCGACGCGACGAUUGUUGGCCAGAAUCCGGGAUUUCAUGGCCGACAGGGUUUGGUCCGCAUAUCGACGGAUAGCGAUCCGCAACCGAUUCUUCGGCUAAACAGUCAAUCCAUGAAUGACUGGGGCUUUGAGACCAUUGACUUGAAUGGCGCCAAACAGUUGGGAACAGCUAUACCGCAGAGGUUUAUCUCCGCCGACACCGGUAUGCGGUCGGGAACGGCAAACGGAUAUCUCGAUCCCAACCCCAGACCCGGGAAUCUGCAUAUUUUAACCGCCAGUUUUGCCACAAAGAUAUUGAUCCGUAAUAUGAGAGCAAUUGGUGUUCAGUUUCGCAAAGACAACGCCACCCAUGAAGUGAUGGCCAACAAUGAGAUCAUUAUAAGCGCUGGGGCCAUUAAUUCGCCACAACUUCUGAUGCUAUCAGGAAUCGGACCCAAAGAUCACUUAAACCAACACAACAUCGAAGUGGUAGCGGAUCUACCAGUGGGUGACAAUCUUCAGGACCACUUCAGUGUCGGACCCAUUCAUACGAUUAUCAACGCUAACACACCGGUCAAGGAUAUGCCGGACCUAUCUGUGGAUCAGUUGUACCACUUGUUUGUCCACAAUUCCGGGCCAUUGACUCGCUAUUCAAACACUUAUACUUAUAUCAACACAAUGUCUAAUGCGGACAAAGAGUGGCCAAACUCUUUGAUCACCGGAUUUGUAGCCGAAGUCAAACCCGAGUCAAACGAUACAUACCUUCAGCCAUAUAUCGGCCGCAAAUUGUUUGUAAUGUAUGGCCUAUUGUUUCGGCCCCGAAGUUCGGGUACCGUAAGGCUGGCCUCAGCUAAUCCUGAAGAUCACCCGUUAAUUGAUCCCAAAUAUCUAUCGCACCGCCAGGACUCGGAAGAUAUGGCGGAGACGUUGAGAUUUAUUUACUAUUAUUUAACGCAUUCAUCGCUCGACAAAUACGUCCAACUGAUCCCCGAAGCCAUUCCUCCGUGUCGUGGAAUGUGUUCAACAAAUCAACGCUAUUAUGAAUGCGACGAUUAUCUCAAGUGUUUGGUCAGACAUCGAGGGUCAUCGGUGUGGCAUCCGGUGGGCACGUGUCGUAUGGGAGGCCCCGAUAGGAGCGAUACUGUGGUAACGCCAGAGUUGUCGGUUCGGGGUGUGGGAGGGGUGCGGGUGUGCGACGCCUCAGUCAUGCCUCGCAUACCAAACGCCAACACAAACGCCGUCUCAAUAAUGAUCGGCGAAAAGUGUUCACAACUUAUUAAACAACACUUCAAUCUAUGA